AUGGCGUUUGUGGCCCCAAUCAAAAUGACACCUGCAGAUGCAUCACUCCUCUUCCCACUGAUGGGAACGCCACUGAAGUCAUUCAGAUACACCAUUGGCAUAAAAGUCAAUGCUUCAAGAAAAGCUGUGAUAGAGCGCUUGAGGGCUUUGAUUCAUGGACAAAAAUUCCCCACAUGCGUCAACAAAGGCAUGAAAAUCUCUGGUGUGAACAUCACUACAGUGUGUCACUCAAAUCCGUACAAAACCCAGUGUAAGUGUGAGAAUCAAUAUGUUUGGUCCUCUGAACAAUGCUCUAAACAUGGCGUUUGUGGCCCCAAUCACAAUGACACCUGCAGAUGCAUCGCAUCUCUUCCAACUGACGGGAAGUUCUGCCGGCCACCACCUGUUCCACUGAAGUCAUUUAAAUACACCAUCAACAUAAAAACCAAUUCUUCAAGAGACGCUGUAAUAGAGCGUUUGAGAGCUUUGAUUCACGGACAGAAAUUCCCCAUGUGCAUUAAAAAAGGCAUGAAAAUCUCUAGUGCAAACAUCACUACAGUGUGUCUCUCAAAGUCGAACAAAACCCAGUGUAAGUGUGAAAAUCAAUACAUUUGGUCCUCUGAACAAUGCUCUAAACAUGGCAAGUGUGGCCCCAAUCACAAUGAUACAUGCAGAUGCAUCGCAUCUCUUCCAACUGACAGGGCAUUUUGUCUGCGAAAACCUGCUCCACUGAAGUCAUUCAGAUAUGCCAUUGACAUAAAAAUCAAUGUUUCAAGAGAAGCUGUGAUAGAGCGCUUGAGGGCUUUGAUUCGUGGACAGAAAUUCCCCAUGUGUGUCAAAAAAGGCAUAAAAUUCUCUGGUGUGAACAUCACUACAGUGUGUCUCUCAAAUAUGAGCAAAACCUAUUGCAGUUGUGAGAAUCAGUACAUUUGGUCCCCUGAACAAUGCUCUAAACAUGGCAUUUGCGGCUUCAGUCAUAAUGAUACCUGCAGAUGCAUCACUUCUCUUCCAACUGACGGGACAUUCUGCCGGCCACCACCUGCUCCUCUAAAAUCAUUCAAAUAUAGCAUUGACAUAAAAAUCAAUGUUUCAAAAGAAGCUGUAAAAGAGCGCUUAAGGGCUUUGAUACUUGGACAGAAAUUCCCCAUGUGUAUGAAAAAAGGCAUGAAAAUCUCUGUUGUGAACAUCACUACUGUGUGUCUCUCAAAUGUGAACAAAACCCAGUGUAAGUGUGAGAAUCAAUAUGUUUGGUCCUCUGAACAAUGCUCUAAAUAUGACACUUGUGGCCCCAAUCACAAUGACACCUGCAGAUGCAUCACUUCUCUUCCAACUGAUGGUGCAUUCUGCCGGCCACCACCUGCUCCACUGAAGUCAUUCAAAUACACAAUUGACAUAAAAAUCAAUGCUUCAAGAGAAGCUGUGAUAAAGCGCUUGAGGGCUUUAAUUCAUGGACAGAAAUUUCCCACAUGCAUCCAAAAAGACAUGAAAAUCUCUGGUGCGAACAUCACUACUGUGUGUGUCUCAAAUUUAAACAAAACCCAGUGCAAGUGUGAGAAUCAAUAUGUUUGGUCCUCUGAACAAUGCUCUAAACAUGGCGUUUGUGGCCCCAAUCAGAAUGACACUUGCAGAUGCAUCUCUUCUCUUCCAACUGUCGGGACAUUGUGCCAGUCACCACCUGCUCCGUUGAAGUCAUUCAAAUACAUCAUUGACAUAAAAAUCAAUGCUUCAAGAGAAGCUGUGAUAGAGCGCUUGAAGGCUUUGAUUCAUGGACAGAAAUUUCCCACAUGCAUCAAAAAAGGCAUGAAAAUCUCUAGUGCGAACAUCACUACAGUUUGUCUCUCAAAAUCAAACAAAACCCAGUGCAAGUGUGAGAAUCAAUAUGUUUGGUCCACUGAACAAUGCUCUAAACAUGGCGUUUGUGGCCCCAGUCAUAAUGAUACCUGCAGAUGCAUCACUUCUCUUCCAACUGACGGGGCGUUCUGCCGGCAACCACCUGCUCCACUGAAGUCAUUCAAAUAUACCAUUGACAUAAAAAUCAAUGCUUCAAGAGAAGUUGUGAUAAAGCGCUUGAGGGCUUUAAUUCAUGGACAGAAAUUUCCCACAUGCAUCCAAAAAGACAUGGAAAUCUCUGGUGUGAACAUCACAACAGUGUGUCUUUUAAAUCAGAACAAAACCCAGUGUACAUGUGAGAAUCAAUACAUUUGGUCCUCUGAACAAUGCUCUAAACAUGUCGUUUGUGGCCCCAAUCAAAAUGACACCUGCAGAUGCAUCACUUUUCUUCCAACUGACGGGGCUUUCUGCCGGCCACCACCUGCUCCUCUGAAGUCAUUCAGAUACACAAUUGACAUAAAAAUCAAUGCUUCAAGAGAAGCUGUAAUAGAGCGCUUGAGGGCUUUAAUUCAUGGACAGAAAUUCCCCACAUGCGCCAAAAAAGGCAUGAAAAUCUCUGGUGCGAACAUCACUACAGUGUGUCUCUCAAAUGUGAACAAAACCCAGUGCAAGUGUGAGAAUCAACACAUUUGGUCCUCUGAACAAUGCUCUAAACAUGGCGUUUGUGGCCCCAAUCAAAAUGAUACCUGCAGAUGCAUCACUUCUCUUCAAACUGAUGGGAAGUUCUGCCGGCCACCACCUGCUCAACUUAAGUCGUUCAAAUACACCAUUGACAUAAAAAUCAAUGCUUCAAAAGAAGCUGUGAUAGAGCGCUUGAGGGCUUUGAUUCAUGGUCAGAAAUUCCCCAUGUGCAUCAAAAAAGGCAUGAAAGUGUCUGGUGUAAACAUCACUACAGUGUGUCUCUCAAAUCUGAACAAAACCCAGUGUAAGUGUGAAAAUCAAUACAUUUGGUCCUCUGAACAAUGCUCUAAACAUGGCACUUGUGGCCCCAAUCACAAUGAUACCUGCAGAUGCAUCACUUCUCUUCCAGCUGAAGGGACAUUCUGCCACACACCAUCUGCUCCACUUAAGUCAUUUAAAUACACAAUUGACAUAAAAACCAUUGCUUCAAGAGAAGCUGUGAUAGAGCGCUUAAAGGCUUUGAUUCGUGGACAGAAAUUCCCCACAUGCAUCAAAAAAGGCAUUAAAAUCUCUGUUGCAAACAUCACUACAGUGUGUCUCUCAAAUGCAAACAAAACCCAGUGCAAGUGUGAGAAUCAAUAUGUUUGGUCCUCUAAACAAUGCUCUAAAUAUGGCGUUUGUGGCCCCAAUCAAAAUGAUACCUGCAGAUGGAUCGCAUCUCUUCCAACUGAUGGGGCUUUCUGCCAGCCAUCACCUGCUCCACUGAAGUCAUUCAAAUACACUAUUGAUAUAAAAAUCAAUGCUUCAAGAGAAGCUGUGAUAGAGCGCUUGAGGGCUUUGAUUCAUGGUCAGAAAUUCCCCAUGUGCAUCAAAAAAGGCAUGAAAGUGUCUGGUGUAAACAUCACUACAGUGUGUCUCUCAAAUCUGAACAAAACCCAGUGUAAGUGUGAGAAUCAAUACAUUUGGUCCUCUGAGCAAUGUUUUAAACAUGGUGUUUGUGGCCCCAAUCAAAAUGAUACCUGCAGAUGCAUCACUUCUCUUCAAGCUGCUGGGGUGUUCUGCCGGCCACCACCUGCUCUACUGAAGUCGUUCAAAUACACCAUUGACAUAAAAGUCAAUGCUUCAAAAGGAGCUGUGAUAGAGCGCUUGAGGGCUUUGAAUCAUGGUCAGAAAUUUCCCAUGUGCAUUAAGAAAGGCAUGAAAAUCUCUGGUGCGAACAUCACUACCGUGUGUCUCUCAAAUCUGAACAAAACCCAGUGUAAGUGUGAGAAUCAAUACAUUUGGUCCUCUAAACAAUGCUCUAAACAUGGCGUUUGUGGCCCCAAUCAAAAUGACACCUGCAGAUGCAUCACUUCUCUUCAAACUGAUGGGAAGUUCUGCCGGCCACCACCUGCUCCACUUAAGUCGUUUAAAUACACCAUUGACAUAAAAAUCAAUGCUUCAAAAGGAGCUGUGAUAGAGCGCUUGAGGGCUUUGAAUCAUGGUCAGAAAUUCCCCAUGUGCAUCAAAAAAGGCAUGAAAGUGUCUGGUGUAAACAUCACCACAGUGUGUCUCUCAAAUCUGAACAAAACCCAGUGUAAGUGUGAGAAUCAAUACAUUUGGUCCUCUGAACAAUGCUCUAAACAUGGCACUUGUGGCCCCAAUCACAAUGAUACCUGCAGAUGCAUCACUUCUCUUCCAGCUGAAGGGACAUUCUGCCGCACACCAUCUGCUCCACUUAAGUCAUUUAAAUACACAAUUGACAUAAAAACCAUUGCUUCAAGAGAAGCUGUGAUAGAGCGCUUAAAGGCUUUGAUUCGUGGACAGAAAUUCCCCACAUGCAUCAAAAAAGGCAUUAAAAUCUCUGUUGCAAACAUCACUACAGUGUGUCUCUCAAAUGCAAACAAAACCCAGUGCAAGUGUGAGAAUCAAUAUGUUUGGUCCUCUGAACAAUGCUCUAAAUAUGGCGUUUGUGGCCCCAAUCAAAAUGAUACCUGCAGAUGCAUCGCAUCUCUUCCAACUGAUGGGGCUUUCUGCCAGCCAUCACCUGCUCCACUGAAGUCAUUCAAAUACACUAUUGAUAUAAAAAUCAAUGCUUCAAGAGAAGCUGUGAUAGAGCACUUGAGGGCUUUGAUUCAUGGUCAGAAAUUCCCCAUGUGCAUCAAAAAAGGCAUGAAAGUGUCUGGUGUAAACAUCACUACAGUGUGUCUCUCAAAUCUGAACAAAACCCAGUGUAAGUGUGAGAAUCAAUACGUUUGGUCCUCUGAGCAAUGUUUUAAACAUGGUGUUUGUGGCCCCAAUCAAAAUGAUACCUGCAGAUGCAUCACUUCUCUUCAAGCUGCUGGGGUGUUCUGCCGGCCACCACCUGCUCUACUGAAGUCGUUCAAAUACACCAUUGACAUAAAAGUCAAUGCUUCAAGAAAAGCUGUGAUAGAGCGCUUGAGGGCAUUGAUUCAUGGACAGAAAUUUCCCAUGUGCAUUAAGAAAAGCAUGAAAAUCUCUGGUGCGAACAUCACUACUGUGUGUCUCUCAAAUCUGAACAAAACCCAGUGUAAGUGUGAGAAUCAAUACAUUUGGUCCUCUAAACAAUGCUCUAAACAUGGCGUUUGUGGCCCCAAUCAAAAUGACACCUGCAGAUGCAUCACUUCUCUUCAAACUGAUGGGAAGUUCUGCCGGCCACCACCUGCUCCACUUAAGUCGUUUAAAUACACCAUUGACAUAAAAAUCAAUGCUUCAAAAGGAGCUGUGAUAGAGCGCUUGAGGGCUUUGAAUCAUGGUCAGAAAUUCCCCAUGUGCAUCAAAAAAGGCAUGAAAGUGUCUGGUGUAAACAUCACUACAGUGUGUCUCUCAAAUCUGAACAAAACCCAGUGUAAGUGUGAAAAUCAAUACAUUUGGUCCUCUGAACAAUGCUCUAAACAUGGCACUUGUGGCCCCAAUCACAAUGAUACCUGCAGAUGCAUCACUUCUCUUCCAGCUGAAGGGACAUUCUGCCGCACACCAUCUGCUCCACUUAAGUCAUUUAAAUACACCAUUGACAUAAAAACCAUUGCUUCAAGAGAAGCUGUGAUAAAGCGCUUAAAGGCUUUGAUUCGUGGACAGAAAUUCCCCACAUGCAUCAAAAAAAACAUUAAAAUUUCUGUUGCAAACAUCACUACAGUGUGUCUCUCAAAUGCAAACAAAACCCAGUGCAAGUGUGAGAAUAAAUAUUUUUGGUCCUCUGAACAAUGCUCUGAACAUGGAGUUUGUGGCCCCAAUCAAAAUAACACCUGCAGAUGCAUCGCAUCUCUUCCAGCUGACAGGAAGUUCUGCCGGCCACCACCUGCUCUACUGAAGUCGUUCAAAUACACCAUUGACAUAAAAGUCAAUGCUUCAAGAAAAGCUGUGAUAGAGCGCUUGAGGGCUUUGAUUCAUGGACAGAAAUUUCCCAUGUGCAUUAAGAAAGGCAUGAAAAUCUCUGGUGCGAACAUCACUACCGUGUGUCUCUCAAAUCUGAACAAAACCCAGUGUAAGUGUGAGAAUCAAUAUGUUUGGUCCUCUGAACAAUGCUCUAAACAUGGCGUUUGUGGCCCCAAUCAAAAUGACACCUGCAGAUGCAUCACUUCUCUUCAAACUGAUGGGAAGUUCUGCCGGCCACCACCUGCUCCACUUAAGUCGUUCAAAUACACCAUUGACAUAAAAAUCAAUGCUUCAAGAGAUGCUGUCACAGAGCACUUGAGGUCUUUAAUUCACGGACAGAAAUUCCCAGUUUGCAUCAAAAAAGGCAUGAAAAUCUCUGGUGCGAACAUCACUACUGUGUGUCACUCAAAUGUGAACAAAACCCAGUGCAAUUGUGAGAAUCAAUACAUUUGGUCCUCUGAACAAUGCUCUAAACAUGGCGUUUGCAGCCCCAAUCAAAAUGACACCUGCAGAUGCAUCACUUCACUUCCAACUGAUGGAGCGUUCUGCCAACAACCACUUGCAGCUCCUCUGAAGUCAUUCAAAUACACCAUUGACAUAAAAAUCAAUGCUUCAGAGGAAGAUGUAAUAGAGCACUUGAGGGCUUUCAUUUACAGACAGAAAUUCCCAGUGUGUUUCAAAAAAGACAUGAAAAUCUCUGAUGUGAACAUCACUACAAUGUGCCUCUCAAAUUCGAGCAAAACGCAGUGCAAGUGUGAGAAUCAAUAUGUUUGGUCCUCUGAACAAUGCUCUAAACAUGGCGUUUGUGGCCCCAAUCAAAAUGAUACGUGCAGAUGCAUCGCAUCUCUUCCAUCUGAUGGGGCGUUCUGCCGCCCACCACUUGGCUGUCUCAUACCUUCAACCAUAAUCCCAACAACAAGUGUAUCUACACCAUCAGAGCCAACAGCAACAAUUACCACAGCAGAUUAUUCAAGUCUAUCAACCCUGAUCCCAACCACAGCUGAGAGUACAUCAAUAACAAGCUCUCCAACAUCUACUCCAACAGUAGAAACAAUUUUUACAAGCCUUUCAACCCUGAUCCCAAGUACAGCUGAGAGUACAACAAUAACAAGUUCUCCAACAUCUACUCCAAAAGUAGAAAUGCAGAAUGUUACAAGCCUUUCAACCCUGAACCCCAUUGGUGCUGAGAGUACAACAAUGACUAUUCCUUCAACAUCUACUCCAAUAGCAGAAACAACUAGUCAGUCUACCACAACAAAACCACCACCACCAACAACAACAACACCUGAAACAACAACACUGAAACCAACAACAACAGCAGCACCAACAACAACACCAAAACUAACAACAACACCAGAACCAACAACAACACCAAAACCAACAACAACACCAGAACCAACAACAACACCAAAACCAACAACAACACCAAAACUAACAACAACACCAAAACCAACAAUAACACCAAAACCAACAAUAACACCAAAACCAACAACAACACCAAAACUACCAACAACACCAAAACCAACAACAACACCAAAACUAACAACACCAAAACUACCAACAACACCAAAACCAACAACAACACCAAAACUAACAACACCAAAACCAACAACAACACCG